UGACAUUUUAUUUUAUACAUAUAGUGUGUAUUGUUCGGCAAGCGGAGCAUCAGUACGAUAAGUACGGGUACGAUGGGUUUUCAAAGGAUUUUAUUUAAUUUACUUGGUGUUGUCCCUGUAAUUUUAUUAAUUUGCUACUUUCAGGCAUCUCAAGCAUCCAAAGCUGAAUAUGUGACGUGUGGGACGAUUUUAAAACUUAUAAAUACAGACUUAAAACUGCGACUACACUCUCACGAUGUGAAGUAUGGUUCGGGCUCCGGCCAGCAGUCGGUCACAGCUGUGGAUGUGUCUGACGAUCACAACAGUCACUGGCAAGUAAAAGCAGCUACGGGCGAGGAUUGCAAAAGAGGAUCACCAAUCAAAUGUAACUCAGUGAUUCGCCUUCAACAUGUUGGCACUAAGAAAAAUUUACAUUCCCACUACUUCACAUCCCCAUUGUCAUCAAACCAAGAGGUUUCCUGUUAUGGGGAUGACGAUGGGCUCGGAGACAGUGGUGACCAUUGGACAGUCAUCUGUAAUAAUGAUUUUUGGAGACGGGACACCCCUGUGAAGUUAAGACAUGUAGAUACUGCUGCGUAUCUGGCAGGUUCCGGUCGCACCUUCGGGAGGCCCAUCAGUGGGCAAGGAGAAGUGGUUGGUGUGAAUUCACAAUACGGAUCGUACACAGACUGGCAAGCCAAGGAAGGCCUGUUUGUACACCCAAGUGACCCUCUGCCUCAUCAACAUGCAAUACAUUCAGAAUUAUAAUAGUGUAAUGUACUUUAGUAAUUUAUUAUUACAUAACAGUUAAAAGCCUUUGGUAAGUUUAAUUUGUGAUAUAAAACUUACAUUCAUAAAUUUGGACCAUAUAAAUAUCUAAACAGCAGUACUAACCAAAUUAGUUAACUUUGUUUAGAUAGAAUUAGAAAAAAAUAAGAAAUGGUUUGUUGUUCCUUAUUUAAUUAUUGAAUCGGAUACAUUGGCUACCUACUUAACUGGGUAAAAAAUAAAUCACAAUAAUUCAAUGCCACUUUAAUAGAUCAGUUUUUUUAAUUACGUACCUAAAAUAAAAUUAUUUUUUUAAUUCCUAUCAAAGUAGGUACAUACAAAGAAUGCAAUUUGACUCCGAAAAUUAUGACGUCAUAGCACAAUACUGUCAGUCAUACAAGUUCCUAUUAUUUUUUUUGUUUUUAAAGUAUCUGAUUUGUCUAGUUGUAAAGUAGCCAAAUUAGUGAAACAUUUGUUAAGAUUCAUUUGAUCAUACACUGCUUGUAUAGCAUCACACUUUACAAUGAUCCUGCAGAUAAAUAAGCUCAAAACAUAUGUCCAAAUGAGGACCUGUGUGUGGAUUAACAGGAAAUAGUUUUAAUUUAUUAUUUUAUACUGUGUCCUCAAAAUGGAAUGACAUUAAAAGAUUAAAAGAAAA